UGGUGCUGUGUUCUCCUGACACGCCAUAUGUAUUCCGCUCUGCCAGCUCUAAACAUGGAAGGCGCAGCGCGAGUCACGUGACACAGAGAGUCGCCUCGCGUGACGUCAUCGCGCCCGUUGCCAUAGGAAAGAGAUUAACGAAAGCUGACGCGCUGGGAGAGAGAAUAACGGGGACUCCCUUGCUGUUACCGAGAAAGACAAGGUUAUAAAAAAAUUUUCAAUUCCUUCAAGUAAAAGGCCAUUGAUUGAAAUGACUGAAGACGGGAGGAGAAUGGAAGAGGAGGAACGUGGCCCUGGAGCCGUCUUCCAGGUGUUUGUCCUCAUGGAGGACUUGCUGGAGAAACUGAAACUACUUGAUUUUGAAGAGGAUUUACUGAGAAGGCACAAUAUGCGGCCAAUAUCUCGGCUAUAUUUUGCAAUACCAACCAACCCUGGGGAACAGUUCUACAUGUUCAGUACUCUUGCUGCAUGGCUUAUAAAUAAAGCUGGACGUGAUUUUGAACAGCCCCAAGAAUACGAUGACCCAAAUGCCAUCAUUUCCAAAAUUCUUACAGAGCUGCGUUCAUUUGGAGGUACCGCAGAUUUCCCCCCCUCUAAACUGAAGGCAGGCUAUGGAGAACAAGUCUGCUAUGUCCUUGACUUCUUGGCAGAAAGAGCCUUAAAACAUAUAGAUUUUACAUGGAAAAGACCAAGCUACCCGUCAGAGGAACUGGAAGAAGAGGUUGUGGCGGAAGACGACGCAGAGCUAACGUUGAAUAAGAUCGAAGAUGAAAUUGCUGAGGAAGAUUCAGACAAUGAUGAAGAACAGUUCAUAGAUUUAAAUGUUCUUAAGGCGCAAACUAGCAAAUUGAAUGAAUCUUCUAAGCCAGGAGAGAUUUUGGAAUCCAAUACAGAUGCAGCAGAGUGGUACCUGGAGGUGGAGCGGGUUCUUCCUCAGUUAAAGGUGAUCGUCAGGACAGACAAUAAGGACUGGAGGGCUCAUGUGGAUCAAAUGCAUCAACACAAAGAUGGCAUGGAAACCUCCUUAAGUGAAACAAAGGGAUAUCUGGACAAGCUCCACAGUGAAGUCAGCAAGACCUUGGAGAAGGUGGGCAGUCGUGAGAAGUAUAUCAACAGCCAGCUAGAUCCCUUGAUCCAGGAGUAUCGGGCUGCACAAGCCCAAAUGAGCGAGUUAAAAGAGCAACACCAACAAGUAACUGAAAAGGUGACAGAAAAGACACGAAUCCUGUCAGAGCUAAAUGAAGAAUUAGAGAAGGUAAAGCAGGAAAUUGAAGAAAAGGGAAGCAGCAUUUCAGAUGGUGCCCCCCUUGUGAAGAUGAAGCAAGCCUUAACCAAGCUGAAGCAGGAGAACGUACAAAUGGACAUUAGGAUCGGUGUUGUGGAGCACGCGCUGCUGCAGUCAAAGCUGAAAGAAAAGUCAAACAUGACGCGAGACAUGCACGCUGCAGUUAUUCCAGAAUCUUCCAUCGGAGAUUAUUAAUUAUCAGACUUUAUUAUACUAUAAAUAAACAUAAUGAAAAAUAAAAAUCUAGUAAAUUAACGGCACCCAUAACCUCUAGGAAACAAGCGCUGGACCACAGAAUAAAAAAAACAUAUCCUCUUUAUUUUUUAUAGAUGAACCAAUGCAAAGAGACUGGGUGAGGAAAAAAAAUGGGUAAUCACAUACAUGUCUGUGAAAAGAAAUAGUUUGCAUAUAAACAUACAACGCAAAACAGUCGAAUGUCCCAAAAUGUAUAGGGAAAUAGACGAGGGAAUAAAAGUGCAAGCGCAGAGAGAAUCUACCAGAGCUCACCCGCCACACUCGUCCACCGUUCUAUAAAUGUACAUGUAAAAUCCUUCAUUAUGCAGUACAGGGUUCAUGUACUUCUGUGGGAGAAUUAUUAUGGCUCAAUAAAAAACAGAAAUGCCGAGGUCUAAGUGUCUACAUGUCUUCACAGAACAGCGCCAGCAAAGCAAUGACCCAGCAUCAGAAGGAAUAUCUAUCUGUAGCCACCUUCCCACUUGGCACUGGCUCUGCCCUACUGUACUCGGUUUUGGUGAGAGGCAGUUUAUUUUCCCCCGUGGAUAUGCUACCUCCUCAAUGAAGCUAGUAGCAGCUAGUCAUCAGUAUGGUCAUGUGACUUCAUUGUGCAGACAGGCCGAUCGAUAUUUAGAUAGACACAUAUUAGAUUAGAUAAACCAAAAGAUAAUUUAAUAGAUAUGAGAUUAGGUAGACAGAGCAAUAGAUAAGUAGAUAUGAGAUUAGUCUAAUGUCAUACCUAAUUAUUGCUCUUACUAAUCUUAUAUCUAUCUAAUUAUCUAAUCUUAUCAGUCUGUCUAAUGUCAUCUAAUUGCCUACUGGUCUGUGUGUCUGUCUAUUUAUCUGUCGGCCUAUGUAAUCUUUUGUAGAUACUGUUUUGCUUUCUCUUUUUGAUGAAAAAUGUGUAUUUUACAAAAUGUAUUUAUUCUUCGUUUGGUGUAAUCAUUGCAUUUUGCAUAUUAUUUUGUAAGUGUUGUUAAUAAAUCUAUUUUAAAUAAUAAUUCACACAUCUUAGAACCAUAAGUGGAUAUUGGUGGGCAAUCCCGUAAUUGUCAGGUUUUGUAUUAAAAAAAAAAAAACAUAUGCACUAGAAAGGUUAGAAGGGUGUUUUUUCUAUUUGUUUUUAUUUUCCUGAGCUUUAGGGCCUCAUUCACACAUAUGUGGACAAUGGUCUGUCAAAACCCGUCCUGAUUAGUGCACAGCGUCAUUGGUUGCUAUGACGCCGUGCGCUUCGUGCCGCUGCUGUACAGUAAUACAUUCGUAUAGAUCAUAUGAGUGUAUUACUGUACAACAGGGGUGGCAUGAAGCGCACAGCGUCAUAGCAACCAAUGACGCUGUGCGCCUGUGCACUCGGCAGGACGGAUUUUUAUGAAUGAGGCCUUAGCCAGUACUGAGGUCUGCCCAUAAGUAUAGCAAGCUUUCUUCAUUUCCGGAGCUCACUUGAUUCAAUAGGGAGAACGUUGACAAAACCUUUAUAUCCAAGUGAGAAGUUGGCAGCUUUUCUGACAUUUCCAUUUCCAAAUACCAUCUUCAUUUAUGAGAUGGGCCUGUCCAGCUUGGUCUGCCCAGAGGCAUAUGCACUGAUUUCACGGCAAUCUAAC